AAAUAAAGAAUGCUCUAUUACACAUUUUCUGACUCAUAAUAUAACUUAUAAAGUAUUUGUUUUAAUUGAGGGAACAUUUUAAAUGUAUUUUGCUUAUAAAAAUUAAGUUUUUACUAUGAUUGAUAUAUUUAAUGAAAAAACUGAAAUUAAAUAAAUUAGUUAACAUUUAAGUUUUGAAACACUUCCUUCAUAUGUUAUUCAUGAUUAAAAAUUACUUUUAUCAAUAGAUAAUGAGGCUAAAGGAUUAAUAUUUAAAGAUUAUAACUUUAAUUUAAUAAAACGUAAGUUUUUUGAUAAAUAUGUUACUAAUUUACCUAGAGGAUUCAGCUAGUUUUAUGGAGAUGAAAGCUCCUUUGUAAUAAUUUCAAGGAUUGAGGCAAAAAUGGUUUCUUAUUAUCCUCAUG